AUGCUGGAAGAAACUAAGGAGAAAGUUGAACUUAUUAGAGAAAAGGUGAGAGCUACUCAGAGUCGACAGAAAUCUUAUGCUGACCGACGCAGAAGAUCCCUAGAAUUUGAGGUUGGUGAUCACCUAAGGAAGUAUGUUCCUGAUUCGUCUUAUGUAAUCGAGCCUGAUGUUCUGGACUUACGAGAUGAUUUGUCUGUGGAGGUCCCAGUUGCUCGUAUUGAGGACACUAGAGUUAAGGAACUUAGAGGCAAGUCUAUUUGGUUAGUAAAGGCUGUUUGGGACCCAGUAAUUGGUGAGGCCAUAUGGGAGUUAGAGGAAAGAAUGAGAGAGUUGUACACUUAUUUUUUCUCAGUUGGAUGA